GAAAAGGAGUGUUGUCAUUUCGAUUCAACUGUCAAGAAGUAGGUUCGCAUUUGUUGGUUGGGCAAGAGCUUCAAGUUCAAAAAUCCGUUCGCAUCGAUACAAAAUCAUACAAUUUCCAAAAAUGAAAUUUUGCGUCUUUUUGAUUGUUUUCCUAAUGUCUUUAUUGGGAACAGCAACCGGAAAACCUUUUAAACCUGAUCCUGAUUGUAAUUUCCUUUGUACAAUGCAAUAUGAACCAGUUUGUGGCUCGGACGGCAAAACAUACGGCAAUGCUUGUCUUUUACGAUUGGAAGAUUGUAGUAAACCUGGCAGAGUUUACCAAGUUGGUACAGGAGCUUGCGGUGACGCCCAAGGGGUUACAAGGAAAUAAUUUACAUUAAAGUUUUUAGUGCUACUGCAUGCAUGUUAGCUAACUGUUAAUACAUGAAAUUGGUUGUCUGAUUGUCCUCACUCAGUUUAAGAAAAGUUGAUAAUAAAGUUGCUUUAUAUAUACACGUGAAUGUCUAUUAAAUAUUUCUGUCUUCAAUACAAUUCUGCAUGUAUAGCUAUAUUGCCAUAAUAGCUAGGCCAUGCAUGUCUAUCCGUUGCAAACAGUGAAUGAACUAAUGAUAUGUCUAAUAGUAAUACUCUGAUCAUGUCUUGUAGACUUGCAUUGCAUGCGCUAGAAUUAUUUGCCUUUAUUCAGAGGUUUGCAUCAAUUAGCCUUUCUAUAGCUCACGAUGA